CACAUUCUCGUAGCAAAUGUUGCAGCCUACGUUAACCUUCUCCAGUUGUCAGAAACCCUUCCUCCAGCCAAUAAGUUUGACUUUUACCGGUUCACUUCAUUUAUUCACAUGAAUGAACCUAAGUACAAAAAACUUCGCUACGGAUUUCCACCUGGUGUUUAUGGAUCAUCACUUAUACCAGUGACAUUGUGGUUUGUACACUGGAGUCAAUACAGACCUUUCCUUAUGAUACCAAAUUUCAGCACAAUGGUGGCAAUUCCCGUGGAUUGGUUUCUGAUUGUACGCUCCUGCGAUGAAAUUUUGCUUCCUCGAUGCUCAUGGGCCCAUUUCAUCAACUUCAUGCAGCCACUACAGCUCGACUUACAACUAAUUGAGCAUUCUGGAACGGUGCCUGACGUUUCCAGAGAGAAAGACAUCAUUCCUUAUUUAUUUGGCAAUUGCUGGCCAAUAAGAUCGGUUGAACAAGUUAGUCUUAUCUACAUCUACGCUGUUUGUACCGUGUACUGGAAUGUUACUGGAUUCGACAGAGAGGUAAAUUGGUUUCCUUUAAAAUUUAUUCAUUGUUUUUAUCUAGAUAGAUUUAAAGUCUCGGCACAUAAUCUCUGUAUCUGCCCUCAACCAUGUGCAUCGAGUCCCUGUUCCGGUUUAUCGUUUGCAAGAGCCGGAUCGUGUAAAGCCGUGGGAAUACAUGAACGCGACUUCGAGUCUACUGUGACAUGCAUCUGUCGUCUUGGUUAUAUGGGUCAUGACUGUUCUGAGGUGCUGGAUGCGUGCCUAGUCGGAUCUGAUGUUUAUAACGCAGCUGAGGUGACAACAGGACCAAUAAUUCCACCCGGCCGAGAAGCAUGCGAAGCGGAAAACAAUUGCAUUCCACAGUUGGGUACACCAGGCUUUAGUUGUGAAUGUGAUGAAAAGUUUGCAAUGGACCGCGGAAGGUCCUUUGAUAACUGUCUAUCUCGAAGGGAUCCAUGUUCUAGCCGAAUAUGCAUUGAGGGCACAUGCAUUGCCUCUGAGGAUGGUUCAUGGAGCAUGUGCGACUGUGAAGAAGGCUUCACGGGUGAACUGUGCAAUGAGCCACUUGGUGCGUGGACCGCCUGGUCUGCAUUGACGCCCUGUGAGCCUUACUGUGGUGAGCAGCGUCUUCGCCGGCGCGUUCGCGUCUGUUCAGGUGACCUUGAAGAGGACUGCAUCGGAGCUGUUGAACAUGUACGAUUACAUAGGACAAAACUGUUCGCCAUCGGCGGUCUCACCUGUUAGUACACUAUAGGCGAGCUUUUCUCGAACACCUAACCUAUGCACAGCAGUUGUAUG